AUGGCACAGUUGCUGACUUCACAUGGAAGCACAGCCCAAGUCCAAGGCUACAUUCAUCCUGAGAACUUCUCAGCUGCUGAGGAAAAGGGAAAACGUGGAUUGACAUAUGCCAUACUAUUUGUUCUGUCAGUUUUUUUCAGGAAGAUCAUCAUCAUGCAACUAGUAGGGCUGGUGCUAACUGACAGCUUCACUAACUGUGACUUUGGGAAGAUUAGAGACACAUAUGAGAAUAUCAUUUAUUUUGGGCUGAAGAGAUAUAUGAAGGGGACCAAAAGUACCCAGUUCAACCCCACCGUGUCCUGUUAUAAUCCGUCAGAGUGUCUGACUAUUAUCGAUCGCGACACUUUCACUCCCACCCACGGCUGUGAGUCCUUUCCCACCGAAGACUUCUCCGAGCAAACCAGGGCCACUCUUGCUUCCCAGUGCCCUGGCUACUCCAGAACUCAGACAAACAGUGCCCAGAAAAUGAAGACAAAGGAAAAAGAAGUCAUCACCUGGAAGUGUCUGGAAAAAGCUGCGCAUUUACUAGGAUUGUGGCGUCGGUUUAGCCGAUUUUAA